UCUUCGGUCACCUCUCCUCCGGAGUUUUCCGAGACUCAGGUGGUCCUGUUGGCCAUCGUCAUGGCGAUCCUGGUGGUGGCCAUCGUCGUGGGCAACGCUCUGGUGAUUACGGCCAUCGCCCGCUUCACGCGGCUGCAGACGGUGACCAGCGUGUUCGUGACGUCGCUGGCGUGCGCCGACCUGGUGAUGGGCGUGCUGGUGGUCCCCGCCGGCGGCGGCUACAUCCUGCUGGGCCGCUGGUUGCUGGGCAACUUCCUGUGCGAGUUCUGGACGGCGACGGACGUGCUGUGCGUGACGGCGAGCAUCGGCACGCUGUGUGUGAUCGCGCUGGACCGCUACCUGGCCAUCACCGCGCCGCUCCGCUACCGCAGCCUGCUCAGCAAGCGCCGCGCCCGUCUCCUGGCGACGCUGGUGUGGGGCGUGGCCGCGCUCGUCUCCUUCCCGCCCAUCCACCUGCGCUGGUGGGUGUCGGACGAGCCCGAGGCGCUGCGUUGCCUGGACGACCCGGCGUGCUGCGACUUCAACACGAGCGCGGCGUACGCGCUGGGCUCGUCGCUGGUCUCCUUCUACCUGCCGCUCGGCAUCAUGGUCUACCUGUACGCGCGCGUCUUCCAGGAGGCCCGGGCGCAACUGCACAAGAUCGAGCGGCAGGAGCGCUCACACACGCACACACACACGCAGUCGCACUCGCGGCGGCGGCGGGAGCACCGGGCUCUGCGGACGCUCGGCGUGAUCAUGGGGGUCUUCGUCCUCAGCUGGCUGCCCUUCUUCAUCCUCAACGUCUUCAGCGCCUUCUGGCCCCUCCCCUCGGCCCUCCCCUUCAGAAUCCUCAACUGGCUGGGCUACGCUAACUCCGCCUUCAACCCGCUCAUAUAUGGGCGGAGCCCCGACUUCAGACACGCCUUCUCCAAGCUGCUUCAUCUAUCGAGGGGCGGGGCCCAUGGCAGAGACCCCGCCUUCACCCUGCCCAACGGCCACACCCACACCUACAGCUUCAGUGGCCACAGCGAGACGGGGGAGGGGCUAGGGGAGGGGCCGACGGACGUGUGUGAGGCAGGGGGGCGGGCUUUGCAAGGAGAGGAGGAGUGUGUGUUCACAGAGACGAGUGUGUGUUCAGGUGUGCCUGAGGAGACGGACAAGUGUGUGUCGCCGCAGCCUCAGAGUGGGACACACACACACACACACACACACACAGACUCACACACGGACUCCAACGGAAACUGCAGCAAAGACAGCAUGAGUGUGUCAUAA